AAUGAGUUAUCGGAGUCUCUUUCAUCCGCUUCCUGCCAUGUCUCUCUUUCAGUGAGAGAGCAAGAGAGAGAGAGAGAGAGAGAACAAAAGAGCGUGAAAGAGAGAGAGAAAGAGAGAUGGAGAAAGAGAGAG